GAAGGCCUAGCCACUGCUGAAGAAGAGGGAAACAGGUAUCUUCGAGUGACACACGACAAAGGAGACUUGUGGAAGCAUGCACAGCGCUUGGCUUCUCUCAGCCUGCUCACCAGCUAGAAAUCAAUCAUUGCGGAGGAUUCGCUGACCAGCGCAGCGAAUCACCAACGGACCCAGCUCUGGAGUAAAGGCACGUUCAGUCGCCAUUCCAGCUUCCAGCUCCGCACUGCCCUGUCAGUGGUCUUUGGAGCCUGAACGCAACCACCAUUGUCCAGGCACACAACCACAACAACUCCCACUUGCGCAUCUCGCUCUCGGGCGCAUCACAAAACAGAGUCGUCCUUGUGUCUUCGCUUUACCUGCCAACCCGAGGUCGUGUCUGUAGCACCAGGCUCUCGCAUUCUAGGAGCGACAGACCCCAAACUUUUCCGCCCGCCGACUCCUGGCAGCGCGCUUACUCCGUAGUGUUGCAAAUCAUGGCUGGUUUCGCUUCCCAGGCCGACGAAGGUUACUCAGAAGACCCCCUGACCGCGAUUUCCGCUUCUGCAUCCUUCUCCCACAAGACGCGCGACGAUUCGGUCUCGGCCCUGAGUUCCUCUCAAGCUGCAUCGGAUUUCCCGGCAUGGAUGCUUCAACAUAUAUCUAACCUCUCCAUCUCUCGCAAGACCGAACUUGCGAUGGCGCUCUUAAAUGACCUUCCUACCUCUGUAAUCUCGGAAAUAGUAGAACACCUCAACCCCAGACUCAACAUCGACUUCAUCCGCUACCUGCCCCCCGAGGUGUGCCUCAAAAUUCUCAGCUUCCUCGACCCUGUCUCGCUCAUCAGCGUUGCGCGCGCAUGUAGAACAUGGUACGGCCUCGCUUUGGAUCGCAAGCUGUGGGAACAGCUGUAUUAUAUGGAGGGCUGGUCUGCAAAACCGAAAGAGAUCGCCGCCUGGGAGAAGAGCAUCAAUGGAGUUCGUCAGGGAGUGUCACGGCGAGUUGACUCGGAAACUGAGGGUCAUGCGCAUAAGAAGCGCGCCAUUACCGUCUCUUCAAACUUCGAUGCCGACAUGGAUAGUGUCAUGCUGGACGCGGGAGCAAUAAAGCAGGAGCCCGCCGAGAUAGACGCGUCAGAAAGCAGUCUGUUUGGCGGACCGACAGGAAGUGCUGACGGUGGUAGCAUCUCACGAAGACUGGAUGAUCUGGAAGCAAAGAGUGUUGGUUCAGGUUCGGGGUCGGCACACAAGAGCGCCUCGCUGGAUAAGGGCAAAGGAAGGGCACGCUCACCAGAAUCCAGUUCUUCAACGCGAUCCAAAAGCAACUUCUUGGACACAGUACUAGCCACGCCCCUAUCAAGAUUACCGAGAUCCACGCUAUGGGUUCUGGAUGACCACGACCGCAGAUAUAAGCUUAAUUGGAAGCACGUAUACACAAUGCGCCGACGCCUCGAGUCCAACUGGGACCUAGGAAAAUACACAAACUUCCAGCUACCCCAUCCUAAUUAUCCAGAAGAAGGGCAUGGGGAAUGUAUUUACAGUCUGCAGUUUAACCCACAGUAUUUAGUCAGCGGCAGUCGAGACCGGACGAUCAAGGUGUGGGAUUUGGAGACACGGCGCUGCCUCCGCACCUUGUCGCAACAUCGCGGGUCGGUUCUCUGCCUGCAGUUUGACUCUGACCCCGAGGAGGACAUCAUCGUGUCAGGCAGUUCGGACUCGGACGUGAUCAUUUGGAAGUUCUCGACCGGAAAGGUGAUCCAGACACUCAAAACUGCCCACCGGGAAUCUGUACUCAACGUCAAGUUUGACAAACGGAUCCUGGUCACUUGCUCCAAGGAUAAACUGAUCAAGGUCUUCAACCGCCGACCUCUGCGCGCUGGCGACCUUGGAUACCGAGAGGUGAGCCCCGUGCCCACCAUCAUCAACUACGGUUACAACAUCGCUAUGGCUCCCGAGGACCUCCCACAAACUCCGGCUUGGACUUUGAUCGGCGUAUUGGAAGGCCAUAGUGCGGCCGUCAAUGCUGUUCAGAUCCACGACCGGGAAAUUGUGUCUGCAAGCGGUGACCGCCAUAUCAAGGUUUGGGAUUGGCCGACUCAGACAUGCAGCCGCACAAUUGUUGGCCAUACCAAAGGAAUCGCAUGCGUUCAGUACGAUGGCCGGCGAAUUGUCAGCGGUAGCAGUGACCAUGAAGUAAAGGUGUUUGACAGGGCGACAGGUCUGGAGGUAGCGAGCCUUCGUGCUCACUCUGCUUUGGUACGGACGGUUCAAGCUGGAUUUGGAGAUUUGCCCUUCCAGGCCGAAGAUGAUGCGGAGGCGGCAAAGAAGGUGGAUGAGGCUUACUUCAAGGCGCUCGAGGCAGGGCUACUUGACGGCACAAACCGCCCGAAAGCUGGCCGUCGGCAGGGAAAUGCAGGAUCCAGAAGACCGGAGGACAUCUGUGCCUACGGUGCAAAGCUCCCACCUGGAGGCGGAGGGGGCAAAUAUGGCCGGAUCGUCAGUGGCAGUUAUGAUACUAGUAUUAUCAUCUGGCGCCGAGACAAGGAGGGCAUCUGGAAAGACCAGCAGCACCUCAAGCAAGAGGAAGCCGCUGCCGUUGCGGUCAAACUGGGACGGACAACACUUCCCCCGGUGUCGAAUUUCCUGGACGCUGCUGCUGCGGCGAUCCCUUUACACCCUUCGGUGCGACCGGGUCCCUCGCAACAACCCGGCGGUUCGUCAAGCACGCUCACAGCAAACAAUUCCCUACCAACACAGACCGCGAGCGCACCACCAAGCACAUCGGCCGGGCCUUCAGUACCGCCUCCGAGACCGGAUAGCGAACAAAUACGGGCGCUAAUUGACGAGGCAUUCCAAGCAGGCGCCCAAGCCCUUACACGCGCCAUCGGCAACCAUCCCAUCAUCUUGACACAGCGACAGUACAUUGAAGGCAAGAUCGACCGAUUGCAGAACGCUCUUCAAUAUGAUGCGAGACGGAUCAUUUGCUGCAGUCAGACGAGUGUGAUUGUGGGGUGGGAUUUUUGCAAUGGGGAUAAGGAGUUGGAGCAGGCGGCGCAGUUUUUUGGGCCGGUGGAAUAGAUGGGGGGAUGCAGGAGUGCGAGAUCUUUGUUGGAGUUUUUGGAGGAAAAUGGGUGCUGCUGUAUGGGUCUCAAGAAAGGUGCAUGUGUAUAGCUUUGUAGUUUGUUCUCAGGAACUUGUUUCUUUCUUUUUUUUUUUUUUUUGCCUGAUCAUUUUUUGGAUCGAUACAUGACGACAUUUGGGAGCGGGGGAGUGGUAGCUAAUUAGAAGGGUUUUUUUAAUCAUAGCAUUAUCCGACCGGGAGAUAUUCGAGAGAGACCAUGAUGGCUCUUCAGCAGGUGUGUCUGUGGCAAUGGUGGGCGUUGAACAAAACUUUGUUGUCUUUUUUGCCUAUAAAAUGUACCAUGAUCCCCACACUCCAUUCCUUGUACACACCCGCGCUCUCUCUCCCAUCUUUUUGGCGGAGACCUUAACCAGCAGCCUCCUUGACCUUGCCGGCCUGCCCAGCAACAGGCGGCUCAUCGAUAAACUCGGGCACCUCAUCCUGCAUAAAACUCGGCAGCGAAUUCAUGUCCCCGCCCAUCAUCUCCCUUUCCAACUCGACCUCCUGCCCCAAGGCUUCGAGCUCGGCAUCCAACUCUGCCUCGUCCACAUCUUCGGGAAUGUCGUAACUCCUCGCCAGGCUUUCCUGUAUCUCAUUCCCCACGUCCAGCAGAUCCGCCAUCUCGUCCUGCAGGCGCUCAAUCUUGUCGAUGUCGACCUUGCCGUACUCUUUUUUCAGGGCCUUGUUUGUUUGCUUUAGUGCGUCGAUGGUGACCAUUGUGUUUUUGAGGUUGUCCUGCAUUGUCUGGGCCUGCUCCAUGUUCCAGACUUGGGACUGGAGCUGGUCGCGCUGAGCUUCGUAUUGUUUGCGGCGCUGGAGGACUUUGAGGGCUUUUUGCUUUAGGGCGGUCUUGCCGGGGCCGUCGCGCAUUUUGGAGAGCUUGGUUUGGUAGGUUGUUAGCUCGGUGUUGAGGGCGGACAGCUUGACGUCGAUGGAGGAGAUGCGGGUGUCGAGGGAGGUGAUGGCGGUGUUGAGGGUUGGUUUGGGGGCUUUUGGGGCGGGGGUGCCGAAGAGGCGGUUCAUUUUGGCGGUUUUUGGACCUGGGAAGGGCUUGGAAUUUAGGGGGGAGUCUGUUGUUCGGAAGAAGGGGUUGCGAUGGCGAUGAUCGCAAUGGUGGUGGUCGCGAUAGUGGUUUGGUG